UUUAAUGACCCUUACAAAGACAUAUCCAAAAUUUUCCAUUUCAAUGAAAUAAAACCAAUAAGACUCUUCUCCCCUUAACCCACCAGCUUAAUUUUUGGCUUUAAUCACACACACACUCUUCCCAAAUAGUACUUUCUCUGUGAAAUAAAAAACUUUCCUUCCCUCUGCUUUCUAUCCAUCUGCGUUUCAUCCUCUAUCAAAGUAGAUCUGCAUUUCUUCUUGAAUCAUCAUAAUCAUCAUGUCAUUUCAUUAUUUCCCUGAAUUUUAUAGGAUAAUAUAUCAAGAUAAGAAGCUGAGUAUUCCCAAGAAAUAUGUGGAGAAAUAUUGGAAAGGAAUGUCAAACCCAAUAUUCCUUAGAUUCCCAAAUGGUGUUGAACAACAAAUAUUUUGGGGGGAGAGUAAUACUAAUGAUGAUAUUUGCUUUCAAAAAAAUUGGGAAAAUUUUGCAAAGUGUCUCAAAUAUGGAAAUCUCUUAACUUUUAAACACAUAGGUGGACCAUAUUUCAUGGUUAACAUAUUUGGUCUCAAUGGUUUAGAAAUAAACUAUUCCAAUGUAAAAUCCAUUGUUGAUCAACAAGUUGUUGAAGAAGUAGCUAAAGAAAUUGCAAAGCAACCACAAAGAAAAAGUAAUAUCAAGACAGAAAUAAGUAUGGAUUGGGAUUCUAAACACCAAAAAUUCUCAGGUAGUAACAGAGGAGGCAUGAUGAAGAAGGCUAAAAAAUGCACAACAACUGCUGCAGCUGCUAAUCAAAAUCCCUUUUUUGAAGUUGUAUUGUCAAAAACAUAUGCUGCUGGCUUUUACUUGUCAAUACCAAGCGAGUUUUCAACACAACAGUUGAAGAACUUGAAAGACAUUGAUGCAACCCUACGGGUGGGUGAGGACACGCCGAUGCAAGUGGGCUUCAAGUUUUAUAAGCACAAUAAAUCUAUUAUUAGUGGCGGUUGGCCGUUGUUUUGCCGAGAAUAUAACUUGAAAGUUAAUGAUGUUUGCAAGUUUGUGAUGAUUCAAAGCCGACCACUUUCAUUCACUGUUAUUAUUGAUCGAGCCAAAGACAGACCAAGAGCUAAGAAGUUGUCAAGAUUGAACCAAAGGAGUAAGUAGGGUUUAUGAAAAGAGGAUAUCAUGAAGAUUUUGCGGUGUUGAAAAUGGGGAACAGUCAACGUUGAGUACGGAGUAACUGAGUAAGGAAUUGGUGUGAUAUUUGACUCAUUGAGUUGAUUGAUGAGAAGAAAUUUGUGUUUAAAGUUUCAAUUAGGAAAAAAAAAACUAUUUAGUUGUUUAAUAUGAUGAACUUUGGUAUGAUUUGUAUGAUGUGGUCUUUGUUUAGUAAAUCACUUUUUGAUUGAA